AUGACAGCGUCGGGACGCCUGCAGCACCAGCGCCUCGUUUCACGUCAAGCGACUGCGUUCGUGUACUGUGCUGGGUCGCGCCACUUUUUCACCAAGCGCUGGUCUGUAAACUGCUGUCAAGGUCGCGAAAGCGAACUUGUUCAUCGCUAUCAAGUUCGCAAGCAGCAAUCUGCUUCGGUGACAGUUCCUCGGUUUGAAACAGUUUCCGCAGUGCCCAGCGGAAGAUGCUGUCGUGCUUCGAGGAGCGCGUCUGGCGAAAGCGGUCCGGUACCAGCUGUACAACCACCGAAACUAGGUUUUGUGUGCACCUUUGGCACAAGAAUUACCGUAGACUUGUUUUGGAUUGGUCUGCUGAGCGAACUCGCCCUCUUUCCCCUAGGACUCGGACUGGGUGCGCUCUUUUCCUUCGAUGUUCUUCAGCACACGAACUGGACGGAUGUGGAGGCUGUUCGAGAUGGCGUCCUCUACACUGUCCCAUUCUCAGCGAUUUUUUUCAGUCUCGACAUAUUGCCGAUUCCGGCCAUAAAGCGGCUGAAGCGUUUAACCGAGCUAACCGUCAGAAAGGUGUUCGGCGAACGCAGUGUUCUCGAGACGCUCCUGUUUUGCAUGGCUGCCGGCUUCGGAGAAGAAGCGCUUUUUCGUGGAGCGAUUCAAGGCCUACUAGAUCGAUAUUUCGGGGUGCUGCCGGUCUCGGUGGCGGUCAGCGCGCUAGCAUUUGGCGCCGCGCACUCCGCCAACGUCGCUUACUUCGUGCUCAGCAGUAUGGCUGGUGCUUUCUUUGCGAUUCAGUUUGAACUGGCACAUCACAAUCUAGCAGCACCGUCUAUCACGCAUUCCCUUUACGAUUGGGUGACGAUUCUAGCGAUCAAGUUUUUUGCACAACCCCCAGAUGCGCCGGCCCCGAACAUCGAUGCAAACACAGCGCAGCCAGACGAAUUCAAGGCCGGCACGAAAGAUCCCCCGUAA